UUCCAUUUCCAUUUCCAUUUCCAUUUCAAACCAAAAAACCCUAACAAACAUGGCUGAUACAGGAGGACACUACCAACCUCUCCGUGGCUACAACCAACAACACAGCACUACCACUCAACAACAGCCUUCAUCCAAGUUAACUCAGCUUCUUAAGUCCAGCACCGCCGUCACCGCCGGUGGCUCACUCUUGAUCCUCUCCGGCUUAGUCUUAGCCGGCACGGUUAUCGCUCUAACCAUCGCCACACCGCUGUUCCUGUUAUUCAGUCCGGUGCUGGUUCCCGCGGUGAUCACUGUGGCGCUGUUGACCUUAGGGUUCUUUGUUUCCGGUGGAUUCGGUGUGGCGGCGAUCACGGUGUUAGCCUGGAUUUACAGGUAUGUUACAGGUAAACAUCCACCUGGAGCUGAUCAACUGGACACAGCACGUCAUAAGUUGAUGAACAAAGCGCGUGAGAUUAAGGACUAUGGUCAGCAACAAAUCAGCGGGACGCAGAAUUCCUAAGCCUGCACUUGCAUGCACUAGAUUCUACCUCAACCUUUGUUAUUCUCUUUUCGUUUUCUUGUAAUUUCGUUUAAUGUGGGUCUGUAUCUUCCAAAAAAUUCUAGCUGAGAGAGAGUAUUGAAAAACCAUCUGUUUGUAUUUUUUUUGUAAUUUCAUUUUUAUGAUUCUUGUGUAGUCCUUAUUUAUGUCAUUUUGUUGUCUUUCUUAAUCUCUUUUUCUGUGCGGUAGUAUAUGAUGUUUGUGACAAUAAAAAAAAUUAUUUCAA